AUUGUUCUGCAGAGGCCGGUAUCUCCUUUCAACUUGCUUACUGUAAAAAUACUAAGACUGAGGAACGUCCGGAAGGCAGACUUGCUCACCCUUUCAGAUUGCUAUGUGACGUUGUGGUUGCCUACUGCCUCGUCUGAGAAGGUUCGGACCAGAACCAUCAGGAACAGCAAAAAUCCAGUCUGGAAUGAAGCUUUCUGUUACAAGAUUGACCGACGAGUGAAGAAUGUGCUGGAGCUGAAAGUUUGCGAUGAAGACACAAUCACCAGGGAUGAUGAACUCUGCACGGUUCUCUUUGACAUAGAUAAACUUAGUGUAGGACGUACUGUUCGAGUGAAGUUUCAACUGAAUCCACAGGCACGCGAGGAGCUGGAGGUGGAGUUCACAUUGCAGAACACUCUGGACUAUCCUGAUGGCAUCAUUACUAAUGGAGUACUAGUGGCUCGUGAGGUUUCCUGUUUGGAGGUCAGAGUGGAUACAGGGAAGCUGAAGCAGCAAUCCACAAAUCAGGAGCUUACGUUCACAGUAAAAGGAUCCCAUGAAGGAAGCCAGAAGAUUUCCUUGGGGUCUGAGCCCAGCAUUCAGAUCAUUGUAUUUCACUGCACCAUAAAUGACCAGACAAGACUGGACAUCGUGUUACCAGAAGAGAAUGUGCUGGAGCUGACAGUCUGCGAUGAGGACACCAUCACACCUGAUGAUCAGCUUUUGACUGUUCGCUUUGAUGUAGCUAAAAUCCAACCUGGAGAGAAGGUUCGCCUGAGUUUUGAGUUGAAUCCAGAGAAUCGGGAAGAACUGGAAGUGGAAUUUCUACUGGAUAACAUUCCAGGUGUAUCUGAAAAAAUAGCCACUAAUGGUGUGCUAGUGUCUCGAGAAGUUUCCUGUGUGGAAGUGCAAGUGAAUAACACAAAGAUGAGGAGUCCUUACACAAGGAGAGAUUUCACCUUCGCAAUGAAGGGAUCCUAUGAAGAAACCCAGAACAUUUCCAUGGGUCCUUCCUGCAGCCAGAGAGGCAGUGAUUCUACCAUGUUCCACUAUAUCAAGUACAGCCAACCCAACCUGGAUGUGAUGUUGCCAAAGGAAUGUUUAUACUGUAGUCAUGAUGCAAAUAGGAGGGAAAAAGAUAUAAAUGGUCCUCUAUCUGUGCCUCUGAAUUCUCUGGACCUGGGAAAGAAAAUGACAGUAGUGAGAGGUGCAUCUUAUGAAGUGUCUGUGAAGGAAGAAGAUGGUAGCAAGAAUUUAGAUUUGCGUUUGGGGUUCGAGCUAUGUGCAGAGGAAAAAGAUUUCAUCUGUAAAAGGAAGAAGGUUGUUGCUGCUGCUCUAAAAAAUAUUCUUCAGCUCGAUGAAGACCUGCAGGAGGAUGAGGUGCCAGUGGUGGCAGUCAUGACCACAGCGGGGGGAGUGCGGUCCAUGACGUCAAUGUUUGGCAGUCUUCUAGCUCUACAGGAGUUAGGUGUUUUGGACUGCAUCUCAUACAUCAGUGGUUUAUCUGCCACAACGUGGACCAUGGCGAAAUUAUAUGAAGAUGCAAAUUGGUCACAGAAGGAUCUCAGAGGGCCAAUUGAUGAUAUCCGGAAAUAUGUGAUCAAGAGCAAAUUGCACUGUUUCUCUACAGAUCAUCUGAAAUACUAUGAGAAGGAGUUGUGUGAAAGAAAGCUGGAGGGGCACAAGCUCUCUUUCACAGAUUUAUGGGGACUCUUCAUUGACUCUAUGCUACACAAUGAGGAAAAUACUCAUAAACUCUCUGAUCAGCAACUGGCAGUGAACCAGGGGCAGAAUCCACUGCCCAUUUACCUGUCUCUCAAUGUCAGGGAUAAAUUUAGCACGCUGGAUUUUAAAGAGUGGGUGGAGUUCACGCCUUAUGAGGUGGGUGCCCUGAAAUAUGGGGCCUUUGUUCGCUCAGAGGAUUUUGGUAGUGAGUUUUUCAUGGGCCACCUGAUGAAGAAGAUUCCAGAAUCCCGGAUCUGCUUCUUGGAAGGCACGUGGAGUAAUAUAUUUUCCCAGAGUUUUAUGGAUGUUGUCUACCUCUCGGGUCAUUCAGAGGACUUCUGGCACAGAUGGACCCGAGGCACUGAGCAUGACAUUGAGGAGCACCCUGCUCUGCCCACAAGAUCUCAUGAGCAGACAACUCGCUUAUCCCUUCCCAAGGGUUAUCUUUCCAAUGCUCUUCGAGAAAUGAUGACCGGACGGCCAGCGGUUUCAUACUAUCAUAAUUUCAUCAAGGGCUUGCAGCUACAUAGCAAAUAUUUAGAGAAUGAAAGCUUCUGCAUGUGGAAAGAUACAGUGCUUGAUUCUUCUCCCAACCAACUGAAUGCAAUGGGUGACUACCUUAAGCUGGUAGAUACAGCUUUCUUCAUCAAUACCAGCUGCCCACCGUUUUUGAGGCCAGAGAGGAAAGUGGAUGUCAUUUUGCAUUUAAAUUACAGCGGAGGAUCACAGACUCUGCCACUGGACCUAUUCUCAGAGUACUGUUUAGAGCAAGGGAUCCCAUUCCCCUGCACAGAGCUGAGCCGUGAGGAUCGGGAGCACCUAAAAGAGUGCUAUGUGUUUGAGGACAGCUUAGAGGCACCCAUCUUGGUAUAUUUCCCACUUGUGUGUGAUACCUUCCGAAGAUACAAGGCACCAAAUGUGGAGCGCAGUCCAGCAGACAUGGAGCAGGGAAGAGUAGAUGUGUCCAAUAUUUUUGCUCCCUAUGGCACCGGACAGCUUACAUAUACUGAAGGGAAUUUCAACAAGCUGUUGAACCUCUGCAACUACAACAUCCUGAAUAACAAACAUUUGAUUCUUCGGGCUUUGAAAACUGCAGUGGAACGAAAGAAACGAUUUAAAAAUUGUUCACCACCUCAGUCAUCUGACCUCUCUUAAAGUAUAUUCGGACAAUUCCCAUCUGGAGAUAUACAGAUGUUUUGAUAACGGACUAAUAAAUAUCCUGGCAACAUGAAUCUGUACAAAAUGAACAUUCAUGUUAACUUAUUAAAAAAGAAAAUCAUGUGUUUUAUUCAGUACUGUGUGGUAGGAUUAAUGCUGGUUUUGGUAUUGGUCAUAGGAAAAUCAUUAGUUCGUAAGACUGUCCCUAGUGUUGCAGUGAAUGAGAAGGCACUUAUGGAGAUAAAGGGAGCUAUGUUUCAACCUCACAAAAGUCUGUUCCAAAUUUACAUGCAGAUCUUAGCAGUAAGAGGUCUCUGAUUCAGAAAUCAAAGUGACGAUGAAACAAGGCCUUCCUUUGCUCAAAGAGCUCCGCUUGUGACAGAAGCAGACUAGACACCGAAAGACGCGUGCAUAUGGCAAACAAUUACUGAAAAUGGUAGAAUGGAACUGCGCAUGAUGUCCUCUAUUUUCUCAGUAGCAAUCUUUUAGGCAGAAGUUGAACCUUCAGUGAAUUUAUAAUUCUGGCCAUCACUGCAUUGAGUCUAAUUUUUUUGAGUGAUUACUAUUCCAGAGUGAUUAACAUAUAAUAUAUAGGAUUAUUUUUCUGACAAUUCUAUGAUAAAAAUCAUCUGGCUGCAUCCAUUUUGCUGGUCUUUUUUUCUGCACUACUGCCUGCUAAGUGGGUUUUGAAGGCGAGGAUUCAGAAGUUGAGUUUUGAAUCCUACACUUUAAUGGGCUUGGAAAAUUGCUCAAAAACCUGGCCUUUGGCCAUAAUCUUCAUUUAUUAAUCUUCCUAUAUGUGCACGAUGGCGACAAAACCCAUAAUAGCAGUUCCAUUGACUUCUGCAAUGUUAUAAUAGUCAGUGUGUAGCUGCUGCUACAGAUUUAUUCCCAUAUAUCCAAAACACACAAGGAAGUGUGUGUGUGUGUGUGUGUGUGUGUGUGUGUGUGUGUGUGAAGAUUUUCAUACAUGUUUUAGAUAAACGUCUGUUUAAAAAAAAACAACACAGGUCAUUCUAAGAACUUGUUUUCUCUUGUAUUUAAUAAUAUAUGGUAUAAUAGCUACCAUUAAAAUAUAAAAUAAUAAUGCAUGAGCCUGCUAAAAAUUAUUACAGAUGCACACAUUGAUGUAUAUAAUUGUAUUAAGUUCAGUAAACUCACUUCAUCUAGUGAUUUUAUCUGGGUGAAAGUGCUUUUUGUUUUUGAUAUCAACAACCAAGUAUAGAGGGAACAGAAUCAACCAUGAGCUUUGCAAAUGACCUUUGAUGAAGAAUAAAAGAAAAAUGGCCACUUCAGCUGGAAGAUUAAAAAAUAAUAAUAAUAAUAAUAAAAAAUUGCAGGAAAUUCUGUCCUUAAAGCCAAGAUGACUGAGAUGAUAAUGAGAGGUUUACAAGUCCAAAUUACUGGUACUUGCAAAUACCAAAGUAUUUAUUCAGUAAUAGGGAGCUCAGUGCUUUGCCAAUGCUGCUUUCCAUACCUAAAUUCUUAUCAGUUUUUUUCUUCUCUUUGCUAUCAUCUAGUUCAUUACACUGAUGUGGGUUUCACAAAAAAGAAGGAAGUACAUCCAUCUGUAUGCCAACAAUGUGGUAUGCUGCCAGUAAGUUGGCACUGCUCUGGGAAAAUGGUAACUGGUAUCACUAUCUCACGUGCCAUGCUUGCAAAGUAAUGAUGUCUAUCACCCAGUCUUAGAGGUGUUUUUUUUUUUUUUUAAUUAAGCAGGAGAUAACACCAUACUUGGUUCCUUCUAAGCAAGUUCUAUUUUCUAUGCAUCAGUUCACGUUCAUUAGUAGUAAUGUCCUUUCAAACUUUGCUGCUGUAUGAGUAAAGCCAGAAGAUUCCUUUAGAAAGGAAACUAUUGGUAGCAAUCACUCCUUUGCAUGGCUUUAUGAUGGCUGUGUUCAAGAACUUUUUUUUCCUCAGUUGUUGCUAAAAUCUUUCAUUUUCAACUCUGUGAACUUUACCAGCAAGAUGGCAGCAGUUUUCUGUGAGCAAAGAAGAUAGGGAGGAUUCUCUCUAACAGUUCAACUGUUUCACAAUUAAGUUUAUUUUCAAAUAAUAAUGA